UGUGGACUAGCAAGUCCUCGCGACUCAUUUAGUCAUUUGUAGACUUGGAGGCUUAGACAAAUAGUAGAGAUGUAAUUGUCUCUGUUAAGAAUCUAUAUGCAUCUCCUCUGUCCUUCCGUGUACUGGUCCGGUUUUUUUUUGCUUUCCCAUUGAUUAAUUGAUAAGUAUCUUAAUUUUUGCUUUCAGCUGAUGUGGACGAUUUUGUCUGCCUAUGAUCGUCUCCACAGCAAUUUUCUGCUUUGCUGAAUUUGAAACCACCCGCUUUCCUUGAACUCAUAUGGAGAUCGGGGUUCUGGGUUCAUAGGUUAAUUCCCUUCCAAUCACAGAUCUGAUAUCUUGUGGGUUGUGAGUUGGUGGUUUUCUGACCAAUUUUUGGGUUUAGUUUGUUCCUCAGUUUCAUUCUUUUCUGGGAUUUUUGUGGUUGUUUUUUCAUUUUCUGGGUUGUUAGUGGCCGAUAUAGUCUCUAGUCUCAUCUGUGAACUUACACUAGCUUCAGUGAGUACAAAUUAUAUUUACCUUUUAGUCUAAGGCAUGAACCUUUUUUUCCUUCCUCUGCCUCACUGUUUCCGAAUGGGGUGGCUCUUGUGUUACCUCGUAACAGUGCUCUUAUCUCAUAUCCUGCCAUUCUGUACCUGCCAAGACAAAAUUGUACCAGGACAGCAUAUCAGUGGUAACCUGACUUUGGUUUCUUCCCUUGGGACCUUUUCAUUAGGCUUCUUCAAUCCUGAAAAUUCUACUAAAUACUUCCUUGGUAUACGAUUCAACAAAUCCCCAACUACUGCAUUAGUAUGGGUAGCUAAUAGAAAAUCUCCACUUGAUUCUCCGGGUGUCUUUAUGCUCAGCAGUGAUGGAAAUCUUGUGGUGUUGGAUCAGACUAGAAAACUUGUCUGGUCAACUAAAGCAUCCGUAUCUGCUUCUGCAAUGAAUCACACAACUGGAUUACUAGAGGAUACCGGAAACCUUGUUCUGAGCUUUGAAGAAGUCACUUUGUGGCAGAGCUUCGAUCAUCCCUCUGAUACUGCGUUGCCUGGCAUGAAGAUUAGCUUGAACAAAACGACUGGCCAACAAAGGCGCCUUACAUCCUGGGCAGCGCUUGAUGAUCCACAACCCGGAAAGUUCACCUUCGGCAUAGAUCCUAAAGUACCAUUUCAGGCCUUUAUCUGGAAGGAAACUACUCCGUAUGUUAGAAGUUCUGUGUACGUUGCCCAGUAUGCAAGAACACAGUUUCAAAAUCCAGGUGGAACUGCGUUUUUCAAUUCAUACAACUUUGAUGUUGAUGAGGUUUAUCUUGCUUGCAGUGUCUCGGAUAGCUCAGUAAAAUGGAGGGCCUGGUUGGAUCCCACGGGGCAACUUAAACAGCAGUUGUGGCAGAAUUCUAGUAAAACGUGGUUGGACGUAGGGAAUCCAGGUGAUAUCUGUGAUUUUUAUGCUCAUUGCGGUCCCAAUAGUGCCUGUCGUAGAGGUGAACCCCUGUCAUCACCAUGCAAGUGUUUGACUGGUUUUACAGCCAAGUUUCCGAACCAAUCGGCGGUAGGGGAUUGGUCCGGUGGCUGCAUUAGGGAAAAGGUGUUGACAUGUGGUAACGGCAUACAAGGUUACUUUUCAAAGCUUGAAAAGGUGAAACUGCCGGAUCAUUCUGUUCUGUUAGAGAAUAGGAGUAUGAGCGAGUGUGACUCUGAAUGCCAGCGGAACUGUUCUUGUACAGCUUAUGCUUAUGUAAAUGCGACAGAUGGAAGUAAUAUUGGGACUUGUUUUGCAUGGUUUGGCGAAUUACUGGAUCUAGUAGAGAAUAAAACUACUAGUGCAAAUGAUAUUCAUAUUCGUGUUCAUGGCUCCGAACUAGGCAAAAAGGGUCUUUCCGUUAAUUCCUUGAAGCGGACCCUUGUAAUUGCAAUAGUCUCUGCAGCUGCAGUUGGAUUGCUUACAAUAACUUUUGGCUAUUUCUUUUGGAAGAAAAAAUUGGAAAAGAAAGGUAAGCAGAAUAUAAGUAAUGUUAGUGCAGGAGGUGGGAAGAAUGAUACAGAAUUACCACUCUUCAGUUUAAGGAGUAUGCUAGCUGCUACAAACAACUUCUCUGAAGCGAAUAAGCUUGGAGAGGGGGGGUUCGGCCCUGUUUAUAAGGGAAUUUUGCCAGAAAAUCAAGAAGUGGCCAUAAAGAGGCUAUCAAAGAAGUCUGGGCAAGGACAUCAUGAGUUCAAGAAUGAGUUGAAACUUAUAGCCAAACUCCAGCAUACCAAUCUUGUAAGGCUAUUGGGUUGUUGUAUGGAAGGAGAUGAAAUGAUAUUGAUCUAUGAAUACAUGUCUAAUCGAAGUUUGGACAAAUUUUUGUUUGAUGCCUUUGAAAAGAUAAAGUUAGAUUGGGAUACACGCUUUCGAAUUAUACAAGGUAUUGCUCAAGGAGUACUAUAUAUCCACAAGUACUCUAGAUUGAAAAUCAUCCACAGAGAUCUAAAAGCAAGCAAUGUUCUGUUGGAUGGAACAAUGAACCCCAAAGUGUCUGACUUUGGAAUGGCGAGAAUUUUUGACAUAAAUCAAAUUGAAGCAAAUACUAACAAGGUUGUUGGAACAUACGGCUAUAUGUCUCCUGAAUAUGCACUCUUUGGUCAUUUCUCCGAGAAAUUGGAUGUAUUUAGCUUCGGAGUGUUGUUGUUAGAGAUUGUAAGCGGAAAGAAGAAUGCUUCUUUUUAUAGCUUUGAAAAUUCACUAACGCUUGCUCAAUGGGUAUGGGAAUUAUGGAAAGAAGGUAGAGGAGUGGAGGUAAUUGAUGCAUCAGUAAGGGAAACAUGCCGGAUUCAUGAAGCUUUGAGGUGUAUCCAUGUCGGGCUUUUGUGUGUUCAAGAAGCUCCAGUUGAUCGACCAACAAUGUCAUCCGUGAUUCAUAUGCUUGAGGUUGACGAAGCUACAUCACUUCCACCCUCCAAAGAACCAGCUUUUUCAACAUGUAAAAAUUCAAGUCCUGUUACCAUUUUUUCUAACAAUGUAAUCACCAUUACUUUGCCAGAACCUCGAUAGAGCUUAAUAAUGUUUGCAUUGAAAGUCGUAUAUUUAAAAAAAAAAAAACAGAUAUUGACAUGUCCAUUGCUUAGCUCAUGCUUAAAUAGCUUGGGCCUCAUCAAUUGUACGUCCACGUUUCCUUUUUUGUGCUUCACAAAUGGAAGCCUCGUUUGUAUUGAAUCGAAAUUGGAGGGAGGGAAGCAUUCGCCGUUCACGGCACUUCUA